ACUUAUUACUAUACCUAGCGACAACAUUAGAGGGGUGGGCCUAAAACAGAGCGUUGAGUUGAACUCGCAAGUGUUCUGUAAUAUAAAAUUCUGAGAUUACUGGAUUCAGUACUGUUGUCUGCAUUUGAAGUUUGUCAUCAUGUCUAUUAUGUCCUACAAUGGCGGGGCCGUUAUGGCCAUGAGAGGAAAGGACUGUGUUGCCAUAGCAGCCGACAGAAGAUUUGGAGUACAAGCACAGUUAGUUACAACCGAUUUCCAGAAGAUUUUCCCCAUGGGCGACAGACUUUUUAUUGGGCUAGCUGGACUAGCAACUGAUGUUCAGACAGUUGCUCAACGCUUAAAAUUUCGACUAAAUCUGUAUGAACUGAAGGAAGGCAGACGCAUUAAACCGAAGACCUUCAUGAGUAUGGUGUCAAAUCUUCUCUAUGAGAGGAGAUUUGGGCCAUACUUUAUUGAACCAGUUAUUGCUGGGCUGGACCCCAAAACCUAUGAGCCAUUCAUCUGUUCUCUUGACCUGAUUGGCUGUCCAAUGAUAACAGAAGAUUUUGUUGUGAGUGGCACGUGUCCAGAACAGAUGUAUGGUAUGUGUGAGUCUCUUUGGGAGCCAGAUAUGGAACCAGAAGACUUGUUUGAAACUAUUUCCCAAGCAAUGUUGAAUGCUGUGGACAGAGAUGCCGUAUCUGGCAUGGGUGUUGUUGUCCAUGUAAUUGAAAAAGACAAAGUCACCACAAGGACACUGAAGGCAAGGAUGGAUUAAAAGGAAACCAAAUUCAGCAUAAUGACCUCUGAACAUUUUGUUUAUGCACGUUCAAGUUGCAGUGAUUAUUUUUCUUAAUAAAACUCUCGGUGACAUACUA